AUGGAGAGAAACGUUGUCAGCGUCUCCAGGGCUUUCACUCGGACCAUUACUUGGGCUUCCACGCUUUUCUUGAAGUUGUACCCUGUUGCACUCCACCACUAUCGUCUAUCAGGCCCAGCUAGCUUCUCAAGCCUCCUGGUGGAGAUGAACGCCAACGUGUUUGCCUUUAUACGCAACAAAGCCACUAAAGCAGCUGUCUGUCUCGUUAACCACGAAUGGCGAGACGUGAUGGCACCAAUGGCUUUCUCGAACCUUACAAUAGCAAGUGAUGACAUCACCGCGGAGAUGCUCAGCACACUUCUCGAGCCUGGAAAUGGCGUCAUACCCCACGUAAGGAGCCUUUACAUCGCUCGCGGAGGUCACGAGAAACUGUAUGACGAAUGCGACUAUUCCACGGAAACAAUAAUCAUGACAAUCAUCAGCGAACUUUCCGAGGGGGCACUCUGCGCUCUAGUUGGAGAAGUCAAUCUGUUCACAGGGAUGCUAUUUUAUCUGUUGCAGCAUCAGACAAAGAUCAAGCGUCUCGAUGUUGUUUUCAGUUUACGGGCUGGUACGAGGGAUAUGAAUUACGCACAUAAGGCUCAUGAAUCGUGGAUAGCCCCUCAGCUUGCAAAUGUCGAAUCGCUUACAUUGAUGCCAGAAGAUAUGGGCAGCGGAGAGUGCAAGGCCGCUGGACUGCUUGUGCGCAGUGCUCCGAAUCUCAAAUCGCUCAGGAUCGCGACACGUCCCGGUUGCCUCAGUAUGAUGGCAUAUCCUGACCAUCCAGAAGCACGACCAGACUGGACCGUCUUUGGAGGGCCAUUCGAAAGUGGCAGUGAGCCUCCUCGAGAAAAGAGGGCUGGAAGAAGGGGAUGGAAAAUCUUGGCCGGAGUAUUACUAUAGGAUGGGAAGCGGCGAUGGUAAGGGGGAGAAGACGUCAGGGAAAGAGUCUCUGAAGGAGAGGUCAGAGGAGCUGUUGAGCAAGUUGAAGGAGGUGACUUUGCCGAUGAAGAUAGGUCCGGGUAUGCUGGUUAAUACCGUGUUUAAGCAGAUAUUUGAUGUUAAUAGGUGAUUGAGAGGGGCAUGAGUAGGAUCUAGAGGAAGACAGAACCACAGAAUCUCCACAAGGGAAGCCGAAGGAUACACAUCACCCGGAGAGACGGCUGUAGUGUAAGGAAGCAAUGAAAACAGGUACUCAAAAGCAAAAGGACAUACCAAUGAAGAUACAACAAAAAGCAUCCUUUUCAUUGCUCAAAACUGUCCGCACAGCGUCCAUAUAUACAAGAAAGUCGGUUGACCAAAUAUUUACAAAUCAAAGCCUUCAAAAUCCCCUGCUUUUGUCCUUCACUCAUUUCCAAACCGAAUGAUCAUGUCGUACAGUA